GACAGCAGUGUGAUAAAGGAGGAAAUCAAAGCCUUCCUAGCCAAUCGGAGAAUUUCCCAAGCAGUUGUUGCACAGGUAACAGGUAUCAGUCAGAGCCGGAUCUCCCAUUGGCUGUUGCAGCAGGGGUCAGACCUGAGUGAACAAAAGAAAAGGGCAUUUUACAGAUGGUACCAGCUUGAGAAGACAAAUCCUGGGGCUACGUUAAGCAUGAGACCCGCUCCUAUCCCAAUAGAAGAGCCAGAAUGGAGACAGACGCCUCCCCCAGUCACAGCUACCUCUGGGACCUUCAGACUACGGCGAGGCAGUCGGUUCACAUGGAGAAAGGAGUGCCUGGCUGUUAUGGAAAGUUACUUCAAUGAGAAUCAAUAUCCAGAUGAGGCAAAGAGAGAAGAAAUUGCGAACGCCUGUAACGCAGUUAUACAAAAGCCAGGAAAAAAGUUAUCGGAUUUGGAGCGAGUUACCUCCCUUAAAGUGUACAAUUGGUUUGCCAACAGAAGAAAGGAAAUCAAGAGAAGAGCCAAUAUCGAAGCAGCAAUCCUGGAGAGCCAUGGAAUAGAUGUACAGAGUCCGGGAGGUCAUUCCAACAGUGACGAUGUUGAUGGCAAUGACUACUCAGAGCAGGACACUUGGCAAGUACGCAAUGGGGAGGAGGAGGGAAGAUGUUCAGAGGGAGGCAGAGAAGCAGAGAAGGUAGAAGAAGACAGGAGGAUCUGCUCCAAACAAGAUGACAGCACUAGCCAUAGUGACCAUCAAGACCCCAUUUCAUUAGCCGUGGAAAUGGCAGCGGUAAACCACACCAUCUUGGCAUUGGCCCGGCAAGGAGCCAACGAGAUCAAGACAGAGGCUCUAGACGACGACUGAUGCAAAGAAAGGGGAGGGUCAAAGCAAGAAGUAACUUAGUUUUAGACGUAGCACCUUAGCAGACUUUCCUCGGUCCUUAAUAUGUGUUCUUACAGUAUAACUUUGCAGUUUCUUGUACGUCAGUUAGCUGUUAGGGUCUUGUUCUGUGAAGAUGGCAUGGUGCCCUCAGCCUUUGCAUAUACUCUCUCAGUAUUAAUUCCCAAUAAAUAAUCAAUCAACCAACCAACCUCCCUCUCCCAGCCCCAGUGGCUAGAAA